GGCCUCUGUGAUGACAGACGAGCAUCAUGGCUUGGUGGCUCGCUUACGAGUGCGCAUCCCGCACCUCGUGGGCGUCCAUUGCAUCGCCCAUAGAGAGUCCCUGGCUGUCAAGGAUGCUGCCGCGGCCUUCCCGGACUUCAAGAUCAUCAAUGACGUCAUCCGCGCAUUGGGGGAGAUUGUCGGCCACUCCACCCCAUGGUUCUUUCAGAGGCGCUCUGUGGACAUCACCCUGGUGUCCUAGGAGGUUGACCGCACGGUCACCUACAU